AUGAAUGUAAACAACUCGCAUUUAGAGAAUGUGAAUACAGUUAUAAUGGCGAGCGAUAUUUCUUUGAGUGAACAUAGUAUAUCAGAUGCGGAUGAAGAGCCUUACAGAGAAGAGAAUUUAGUACAAUCUGGAAUGGAAGAAGACCAAUUUAGGAAGGAAAAAAGGGAUAGGGGGGAGAAUUUUUUCGGGGAUGCUGAUGAUAAUGAAGGAUGGAAUUUAGUCAAAAGCAAAGAGAAAAGAUUAAAACCACAACUGAAGGAGGAUAUUGAGUUGUAUUUAUCUAGCAAUGAAAAGUUUCCCAAACAAUUUGCAUUAGCUAAGAUGCUGAAGGCUUGUGGGAUAGUUGAUAUCACCAGAAUAAAAUACAUUAACCCUUUCAAGAUUCGUGUCGAAGUCUGCAGCGAGUUAAGUGCCGAUAAAAUUGAAAAAUGUCAGGAAUUCAAGGAUAAAGGUUGGAAGGUAUACAGGGUUAUGGAAAGGACUUCAUCUUAUGGCGUCAUUAAAGACGUUGACCUUGAUUUAUCUGACGAGGAGAUUUUAAGAAAUAUAAUGUGUGAUAAACCCGUAGAAAUAAUAUCUGUAUAUCGGCUUAAACGUCGAAACAGAGAGGGAGAAGGUUGGCAGCCAAGUGAAGCGGUACAAGUAUGCUUUAAAGGUUCAUUUAUUCCACAGUACAUAUACGUUCAUGGAUUACGUAUAAAAGUUACUCCUUAUGUAUUUCCCGUAUCGCAAUGCUCGAAAUGCUGGAAAUAUGGUCACCCUACAAAGAAAUGCCCUUCCAGUAAAAUAGUCUGUCCGAAAUGCGGUGGUAGUCAUGAGAACUGUGAAACACAGAAUUUCCAAUGUGUUAACUGUGGUGGAAACCAUAUGGCCUUGCAUAAAGCUUCAUGUCCAGCCUUUUUAAAGGAGAAGAGGUUGAGAGAAAUCAUGGUAGAAUUUAACUGUACUUAUAGGAAAGCCUUAACAGUAUAUGUACCGCCCUCAGCUUCCUUGCUUGGAAAAAAUAGCUUUCGACAACAGUCUGACAAUCCUCCUACCAACAUGAUCUCACAAACGGAGAGCAGAUUCCAAGAACGUGAUACCUCCACAUUUGCAGAGAUAGUUAAAACCGACGUCUCGUUGCAUAAAGAGGAUGUAAAUGAGGUUAAAAACACUUCUGCCAAUACUUCAAUGAGAUUUCGACGUACUCGUAGGAGGAACACGGCUUCUUGUAGGUUGGAGCUCCCGAUAAACUCAUCUACAAUGAAUAGUGAGUCAACAGUGCCUCCUGAUGCGGCUGCUGGUGAAAAGAAAAGGAAUGACAGUGUUCGUUUGGACGAGCUAUUAGUGAGACUUAAAGAAAUUAUAUUUUUAAGGGAAUUGACGAUGGAAGACAAGCUACAUAGGGUGUUAAAGUGUUGUUUAGAGUGGUUAAUCUUAUUGAGUGUACAAUUCGUAUCAAAGUGGCCUUUAUGUAAGAUUAUUGCUGACUAUUUUACCUCCAAUGUCUCGUAG